UGUUUCGACGGUGAACGGACGUGUUUGUGCGGGUGCGCAGCGUUUUAACAAUUUGAGUCUCAAGUCAUACACUGUUUAACAAAUAAAUCAUCAAAAUAAUUACUAUUAAUUAUUGCGAAGAAAAUUGCGUUGUGUUGACUGUCACCUGUCAUACUCGCCGCCGCGGUUGUGUUUUUUGAGUAGGAGUCGCAGUCGAAGACAAAGUCGGUGUUGGAAUCGUGCGCGCGUCGCUUUCGUGCAAUCCACAAAUUGCCAACAGAGAAGUUGAAUAUUUAAAAGUUGUGCCCGCUGCUUGCAAUUAGUGAAAAAGUGUUAACUGUGUAUACAUACAAAUAUAUAUACGAGAGAAAAGGCGACAAAGCAAACCAGUUAGUUGCCUGACCAUCCAGUUUUAUUUUUUUUGAUACAUUUUGUUUGUUCAAAUCCAAAUCUCAGUAGCUUUUGGCUGUCUUACAAUUUUUUCUCUUUCGACCCGGCCACUCACACAUACAUACAAAUACACACACACAUAAUACCCGACAUUAGUUUCAAAAAAACGGAUUUCAAUUCUUGGCAUAUAGUUUGAAAGCUGUCGCUAUGCAAAAUUAAGUAAAAUAUAUAUUGAAAGGCUGACUGGUUGAAAGUGUUGCAAAAUUCCAAAAGCGAAAUACAAAAACAACAAAAGAAAAAAUUGUGUAUGUCCCUCAAUCCCCCUUAGAGAUUGUACUCAUCAUACAUAGAAGAAAGAGGCAACAACAAACACAGCAACAACAGCAGCAGCAAGAUGAAUAAAACCUGUGCGCGGUGCCAAAAGGUGGUUUAUCCCAUCGAGGAGCUCAAAUGUCUGGACAAGACAUGGCACAAAACGUGUUUCAAAUGCACAGAAUGCGGAAUGGCGCUCAAUAUGAAAACCUACAAGGGCUACAAUAAAAUGCCAUACUGUGAGGCGCACAUACCCAAGGCCAAGGCAACAGCAAUUGCAGAUACGCCCGAGCUGAAGCGCAUCGCUGAAAAUACGAAAAUCCAAUCGAAUGUGAAAUACCAUGCGGAUUUCGAGAAGGCCAAAGGCAAAUUUACACAGGUGGCUGACGACCCGGAAACGUUGCGCAUCAAGCAAAACACGAAGCACAUAUCGAAUGUGGCAUAUCACGGCGAUCUGGAGAAGAAGGCCGCCAUGGAGAAGCAGCGUGGCUCUGCCGAGGUCUCCGACAGCAGCAACGAAUCGGAAUAUUUCUCUGAGCAAUUGGCAGCUGAACAGUUUUCGCAAUAUGCACCCACAGCCUCGCCAAUACCGCCAGCAACACUGCAACAGCAGCAGCAGCAACAACAGCAUCUUCAACUUCAACAACAACAACAGCAGUACCAACAACAACAACAGCAACAACACCAACACUAUGUGCAACAGCAGCAACAAACGCUGCCACCGCCACCCAUACAACACCAGCAAUACAACACGGCGGCCAUAACGCCCACAUAUCAACACCAACACCACCAACAACAACAACAGCAGCAGCCACAACAACAACACAGGCAACAGCAGCAACCACAACAACAGUUGCAGCACGAUCCUUAUGCACACUAUCAGCAACCACAGGCGUUGCGCCAGCAGCAGCUGCUGCAACAACAACAGCAGCAACAUGCCAUUAAACAAGCCUCCUCACAUCUGUAUCCCACAGCAACAUCGCAGCCACAACAACAGCAGCAGCAGCCCCCACAGCAGCAGCAACAACAGCCGCAGGCGGUUAACAACUACAAUCAGCUGCGUUCGGCAAUUUUGCACAAUUCGCAUCAUCCCAGUGGCAAUGCUGUUGAGCAGUACGAUUUGCAACAGCAGCAGCAACAGCAACCAGCAGCAGCAAUACAGCAACAACACUCGCACAACAGCUUAUUGAACAACAACGCUAGCAACGGCAGCAUUCACAGCAACAACAACAAUGGCGGACACGCCGCACAUCCGGCCAGCCUGAGCUAUCCACAGCAGACACGCUCCCAAGCCAGCGUGCACAGCAACAACUCGCAUCCCAGCAAGCAUCAGCUGCAGCAGCAGCAGCAACAACAACCAAGCAGUGGCAAUCUGCAACAGUUGUAUGUGGCAUCAAACUACAGUUCGGUGACGCCAUCGGAGAAUGCGCUGGGCAACAAGUUGCAGGCGAGCAACGGACAUCUGCCCGUGGUUGUGAUGAAUGCACAGCAGCAACAACAGCAGAGCAGCAACAACAUUGGCAAAAUUGCCGACUACGAUCCGCUGACGGAUGGGCCACGAAAUGUGCCCAAUGCCGGCAGAUCGAGCACAACGCUGGUCUACAGCUCCGAUCAGCGCGGAUCUGGAGGCAUUGGCAACAGCGUGUAUCCGAAGCGGAUUGGCUCCAUCUCGGACAUUGAUCCCGCCAAUGGCAUUUAUGGCUCGCUGAGCAGCGCCGAGCAGGCGCAGGCACAGAAGCAACAUCAAUUGUAUCAGCAGAUGCAAAUGAUGCAGCAACAAGAGCAGCAGCAGCAACAGGUGCGUCAACAGCCAUCCUACGAAGCGCUGCAGGACAAGCAAUCACGUCAAAGCACUGCACUGCGCGUCUAUCGCGCCAUCUACGACUAUGAGGCGCAGGAUGUGGACGAGGUCAGCUUUCGUGAGGGCGAUGUCAUCUUCGAGGUGGAAUCCAUCGACUCGGGCUGGAUGACCGGACGCGUAGAGCGCACUGGCAAGACCGGCAUGCUGCCUGCCAACUAUGUGGAACAGGCGGUUAUAUAA